AUGAGCUGUUUGGAUUUUAUGUACCCAGCCUAUGGACAUUACACCUCAUAUGCAGCCAACGCUCCUGCUUUCAUCAACACGCUACAGACUCCUGCUGGUGUGAGCAGCACCUCACCUCCGUGCCGGGAUUUUAUGGACACUCCCAGGGGUCCUGAGGGAAUGUCCGCCGUCCAGAGCACCGUUGGCGGAUCGACGACCUCGUCCUCUUCGACCGCAUCGUCGUCUUCUUCUUCCUCUUCCUCCUCGUCUUCCUCCUAUACGCCGGCAGCCCCGAGGCCCGACGAGGGGCCAAAGGACAAGCAGGAGGGCCCCGAGGCCGAGUACCUGAGCUCGCGCUGCGUGCUCUUCACCUACUACCAGGGGGACAUCAGCAGCGUGGUGGACGAGCACUUCUCCCGGGCCCUCAGCUCCUACAUGGACGGGGAGGGCAAGCGGCGGGCUUCAGAGCAACAGGUCACCGACACGCCUUCACCGAGCAGCCGACGAAGCUUCCCUCCAUCCUUCUGGGACAGUAACUACUCGUCGCCUCAAAGCCGCGCACACUGCGAGACGGCGGCUCCUUCCUAUUCCAUGGACCCCUACGCCUCGGGGCUACACCCGGGUCUGCCGCACCCGCAUGCGCACGCUCAUCCGCACGCUCACCCUCACCCUCACCCUCACUCCCACCCACACCCGCACCCGGCGGAGAGCUGGGGAUACACCCAGGCUCAGGCCUACGGGCCCCCGAGGCCUCUACAUGAACUGUACUCACCCUCCGCACUGGAGCCCCACUACGGGCCCCUGCUCAUGCCCACCGUGCGGCCGGCCCACCUGCCCACCUUGCCGAGCCACUACGAAGUAAGCAAGCUGGAGCCCACGGCCUCCUGGCCCGGCCUGCUUCCCCCGGGGGAUGUCAGCCAGACACUGGCCCUCAACAUGGAUGCAGGCCUGCAGCAGCACAAGAAAGGCAAGGAGCUCUACUGGUUCUAACUAGGCCCACAGUCACACUGACCACAGC